AUGUCACGGCAUCCGUUGUCGGCCCCGGAGAUUGAAUCAAAUAAUCUGUUCUCUUGCUUCCACCAACCUUCCGACUUGGCACAAUCAUCUUUGUCGGCUCAGACCGGUGAGGCUUCUGAGACUGUCCAGAAAAGUCUAAUUCUCAAACCUAAACCGACAAAAGUAGGGAGAUCGAUUCAAACUUCGAAUCCCCGCCAUAACACUGCAGGCCAAGCUGCACCGAUCGAAAAGAAACGAAAUAAGCUUGGCUACCAUCGAACCUCCGUGGCAUGUGGUCACUGCCGAAGGAGAAAAAUUAGAUGUAUUCCAUCUGCAUCUGAUAAAAGAUGCUCAAAUUGUAUAAGGUUAAAGAAAGAAUGCAAUUUUUAUCCAGUUGACCAGCAAUCUCCUAAAGUUCUAGGUCGACGUGGUGCAAAGGUAUUAGAAGCAACUGAAAGAGCCACCAGCAGGGUAUCCUUGCCCACCACAAUUCCUGGUCAGGUGAUCGAUAUGUCAGCAACACUGACUUAUCCCGCUCACUUGGGUAUAGUUCCAGUUGCCACUGCAACUAGUCCUCAGAAGAAGCGUCGAAGAACAGGAGAGAACUAUACUUCAAGGGUAAAUGAAGUUGUGAAUUCUACGCUUGAACUUGGUUAUAAUACAGAUACCAACAAUACUGGGAUAGGUAACAAUUAUUGGCUACCAACGGGAGUUCCCGAGCAUACCGAAGAAGUAGAUCCUUACUUGCUCGCGAACUCAUUGGUACCCAGCUACCCACAGUUUACGUCCGGCCUGCAGUCCAAUCUGCUUACUGACUGGCCGCCAGCACACUCCGAGGUGUAUUCAAGAGAAAAUCCGACAUGGUCAGUCCCCACAAAAUUAACACCCUUUAGCAGCCUGCAAGGAGCCAUUCACUAUCCGUAUGAUAACAAUUCAUAUGGCUUUUACAACCCAGAUUAUACCCAAAAUAUAUGCACAAACCAGGCGGCGCACUCCACAGACUUUUAUUCAGCGCUAACCCCUACAGUUUCGAUCCCGAUCGCUGCAUCAGAAUCGACAUUGGCUUCAUUUACCGACAGGCAACUUCCUCAAGUGUCCAAUAUUCUUCCUCCUGCCCCUAUCUCUACUUGGGAACAACCCUAUGCUUUCCAGCAGCCGUCAGCACCAUCUACGGGGCUGUUUGAGGGAUGGAACGGGGAACAAAAUGGGAGGAUACCAUUAGAGGAGGAAUCUAGUCGUCAGGAUUUUACAGCCUUUGUGCAGAAUAAAUCUAGAAGUGACUUAUUCUACCCUACUAGUAAAGAGAGAUAA